UUUUCAGUACAAAAGUGGGUGCUAACGGUAACAGUUCAAUUAAGUGUACGUUAAAUAUAUUAUCGGGCUGACCAGUAAACAAAAACACACAUAGCAAGCAAUAAUCGAUUUAAAUUUGUUGCAUUUCUAUUGUUAUAUACAUACAUACAUACAUCGAUACGUACAUAUACAAGGUGUCUGCAAUAAAAAGUACUUAACUUUAAUAAUUGCAUUUGUAGGCGGAUAAGUAAUUUGCAACUGUUGAUAUGCCGAAAAAAUCGCGCAAAACACGCAAAAGUCCAUUCCUUUUAUUCGAAGAGGAUGUAAUUGGACAAUUUCUCAUAUAUUUGUACGAGCUGCAAGAACCUUAUCCCAAAAGCGAUUGGCUUAUAAAGAGGAAGGAAGUGCGAACAGCAUUUGUUAAGUUCUUGAACUUGCCUAAAAAUGACAAAAUAUGUCAUCGUAUUGGGAAAGAUCCAGCUGGUAAGAUCGGCACUUUUCUCAGUCGUACCGGCUAUUUAAUGGAUUUAGAAAGCGGCAGCGAAUUUUUCUGCAUAAAUUACCAAAAGGUUAUGCAUUACAAAGAAAUAGAAGAAUUGCAUAAGACCAUCAAACAAAAACUCGUUCUGAACGCUAACGAAAAUGAGAAACGGCAUCGUUUAGCGAAUAAUUUAUCUUUCAAAGUAACUCAGGCCUUAGAGCAAUUUCUGCCGCCGCCUGCACUAUUGGAGUUGAAGAAGAAGAAAUUUGCUGAUGAAGUGCUUUGCGAAUAUUCUUCACAAUUUGCUAAUUACUUUAAUGGUGGUCAAAUUUUUACACCAGAAAAUAUUCUAGGUGCCAUGAAAUUGCUGCUACAAAUUGAAGAUGUUGACAAUUUUUCCAAAUACAGACGUAUCAUACAACGUGAUGUGAAAUUAAGCCAAUCACAACAACAGCCAAAUCGAUAUAGUUUCACGCUGUCAAAAACAUCACGUAAAAUCGGAUAUUCCUACGAAGUCUUACUCAGCCGCUACAAUCGCGUUUUGAUUGUCGCUGAAUGUGCCGAAACAAAAGCACUCACUAAAGAUCAAAUUCUUGAAUUUCUGAUCAGCGGUUCACUGGAGUUGAACGUACGUGGUAAAACCAUAGCAACAACUUAUAUUGGCCGAAUUGAAGAUGUAAAUGACAAAUCAAAAAAAGCGACUAUCGAAACUGAAGGUGAACCAGAUCCAAAGGCGUCCUAUCUCAUCAUAUUUUGUCCAGCUCGACGUACACUGUGCUAUCAAUAUUAUGCAUUAAGCCUGUAUGGUGAACGGUGUGCUAUGCUGCAGCAUUUCCUGUUUCCCAACCCAGUUGUUACCGCGAGUCUGCCGCGAAUGUGCUUAUCCUUCUACGAUAAAAAUAUAGCGACUAAUCCUGAGCAGAUUGAAGCUGUACAUAAUAUUGUAUCGGGCUGUAAGAAUUCUAAGCUACAAAUACCAUACAUCAUAUUUGGACCACCCGGAACGGGUAAAACUUCAAUAAUUGUAGAGUCCAUACUACAGUUACUAUUGCACGAUCAAAAAUCUAGAAUACUUGUUACGGCCGGUCCGAAUUGCGCUUGCGAUGAGAUCGCUUUACGUAUUUGCAAAACACUAUCGCUGGGUGAAAAACCACGUUCCAACAUUUUGGCGCGCAUAUAUUGUUGUUCACAGGAGAGCCGUCGUGAAAAUCUUCACAAAUUAUUGCUUGAAUAUUCAAAUAUGUAUGACUGGCAUUUCUGGCCGAAUAUUGCAAUACUACAACAAUAUCGUAUUGUGGUGUGUACUUUAAGUUGCCUCGGUAAAUUGAUCACCGGUGGUCUGCAACACUUCACGCAUGUUUUCCUGGAUGAGGCAGCCGCUUGUUCCAUGUCUGAAGGCUUGAUUGGUGUGGUUGGUGGUUUGACUAAAAAAUCAAAUUUUAUUUUGUCCGGUGAUCAUAAACAAUUGGGUCCGAUAAUAAAUUCAAAACGUGCCGAAGCUUUAGGACUAGGUAUAUCCUUGAUGGAACGACAACUACAACAUAAAUGUUAUGACGUCAACGAGGCUAAUGGUCACUAUAAUCGAAGCAUACAGACACGUUUAUGUCGUAACUUCCGUUCACAUCCAGCGAUCGUGAAGCUUUUCAAUGAACUUUAUUACGAUAAUAAGCUGGAGUCCAUGGCAAGCAUAGAAAAUACUAAUUUGGCAGCCAAGUGGAAAGGUUUGCAUGACCCGAAUUUUCCUAUUUUGUUUCACGCAGUAAACGGUAGAGAACAAUACGACGAGGACAGUAGCAGUUUUUACAAUUGGGAAGAAGGCGAAUUGGUUUUAAAAUAUGUAGACGAUUUAUUGAAAAGUGGUCUAGGCGAUGGACGCAAGUUGGAAGAAACUGAUAUUGGCAUAAUAUCGCCAUAUCGCUCUCAAUGCAUAUCUAUUCAAGAAGAUUUAAAUAACCAUUUUAAAAUUCAAAUAGAAACCGGUUCGGUUGAAACCUAUAGAGGCAAGGAGAAAGCAGUAAUAAUCGUAUCAUUUGUGCGAUCGAGAUACAAAAGUUUAGGAUUUUUAAGAAAUCCAAAGCGUUUAAAUGUUGUUCUUUCGCGUGCAAAAUCCCUACUCAUUCUCAUCGGAAAUGAUGUCACACUUUCGAAGCAAAGUGAUUACGAGUUUGUCAUUAAGGAGUGCAAACGUCAUGGAAAUUUUAUACCUGCUCCAGUAGCGUCUAAGAAAAAUUAAUUAAAUUUCAAAUAAAAUUCAUCACUAACUGUUGUAAAAACAAAAGACACCAAUAAUAAGAUCCAAACAAUUUUUUGUAUGCCAUUA